AAUUACAGAGAGAGAAAAGAGCACCACCAUGUCAUCUUCAUUCUCAGACACACUCCAGUUUCGUUUCUCCAGCCCCGUCCACGAUGACUCCAUCCUGCAAAAGAUGAGCCUGCUGAGAGAGGACCGACGCUUCUGUGACGUCACCCUCGUCCUCGGAUCAGGGUCGUUCCGCUUCCCAGGUCACCGGGUGGUCCUGGCGGCCUCCUCUGCCUUCCUCCGGGACCAGUUCCUGCUGCACGAGGGGAGCCGGGAGCUGCUUGUGACUGUGGUGCCCAGUGCGGAGGUGGGCCAUCGGCUGCUCCUGUCCUGUUACACAGGCCACCUGGAGGUCCCUCUGAGGGAGCUGGUUAGCUAUCUGACGGCAGCGAGCGCACUGCAGAUGAGCCACGUGGUGGAGAGGUGUGCCCAGGCCGUCUCUCAGUACCUGGACCCCACCCUUGCCCACCUGAAGCUGGAGAGGAGCCCAGAGACCGAGGGAACCCCUCUACCACCACCAGACAGCGUUAAACCCCAACCCAGCUCAGCAAGUCUGGACGAGGGGGAGAUGGAGGGGGAGACCCAGGAGGACCCAGAGGACAGGGACCACAGCCUGACCUCAGAAGACAUUCUGGACAGUGUCCACAUGGUACACACUAAUAGCACGUACCCUUACAGCCCGUACCCUUACCCGACGGGCGCCCACAGACGCAAGCAGCGCCCGCCCACGCCAUGCAGAGAGUUUAGGAAGAGGACCUUCCCCCCAGCAGGAAGUCCUGCCCACAGCAGUUCAGGAUUGGCUGACAGCUCCCAGGACCAGGAAGUGGACGGGGACUCUGGAGAGGACAUAUACAUGCUUGCUGCUCGUCAUAUGCAGGGAGUUGGGGGCGGGUCUCCCGAGUCCUCCUUUAGAGUUCUGACGGGGGCAGAGUUUUCAGGACGGGGACAGGAGAUGCUCCUCCAGAGACCCUACCUGUGCAGGAAGUGUGACCGAGGGUUCCACCACCUGGACAGCUAUGUGGGACACCUAAAGGAGCACAGGCUCUACCCGUGUCUUCUCUGUGGGAAGAGCUUCAGCCAGAAAAGCAACCUGACCCGACACAUCAGGGUUCACACAGGGGUCAAGCCUUUCCAGUGCCCGCUUUGCCACAAGACCUUUUCCCAGAAGGCCACGCUGCAAGACCACCUUAACCUCCACACAGGGGACAAGCCACACAAGUGCAACUACUGCGCCAUCCACUUCGCACACAAACCAGGCCUCCGGCGCCACCUCAAGGACAUCCAUGGCAAGAGCAGCCUUCAGAACAUGUUUGAGGAGGUGAUGUGAGCCUGGGAGCUGCUGGACUUCUGCAGCAAGAGACUUCUGAGUUAAGCAUACCAGUGCCUAAAUGAAAACUACAAAGAAUUUGGACAGCAAAAAAUUAAAACUACAGAGAAUUAGAACUACAAAGAAUUAAAACUACAGAGAAUUAGAACUACAAAGAAUUAGAACUACAUAUAAUUAGAACUACAAAUAAUUAAAACUACAAAGAAUUUGAACUACAAACAAUUUAAACAAAAAAUAAUUAGAACUACAAAGACAAGGAGGAAACUAGUGUAAAUGUAUUGCACUCAAUGUGUAUAUAUGCCAGUAUAUAUUCAACUUGUCUGCCUCUUUAAUGAUGUAGCUAGAGUUUUAACACAGACCCAUGUCUAAAUGAAAACUAUGUAGAAGAACAGGCCAGGAGGGAGAAGUAGACUAAACUAGAGUGGAUUGAAAAGAUAUUGAAAUUACCAACUGAAGAUGAUCUUCCACUAGUUUGCCUCUUUCCUAAUGUGAUGUUUUUGCACUUUAUUUUCUCCCCCCAUCCAGAUACUCUGAGUGUUUUGAUGGACUAGCACAGGAACAUACAGAAUCAGUCAACACACUGUAGCUACAUCACCGCUAUUUAUAUUUUUGUGCAUUAGAGUGUGUACCCACAAGUGUGUGUGUGUAUUGUGUGUGUGUAUUUGUGUGUGUGUGUGUAUUUGUGUGUGUGUGUGGGUAUUCGUGUGUGUGUAUUUGUGUGUGUAUUUGUGUGUGUGUAUUUGUGUGUGUGUAUUUGUGUGUGUGUAUUUGUGUGUGUGUGUGUAUUUGUAUUUGUGUGUGUGUGUGUGUGUGUAUUUGUAUGUGUGUGUGUAUUUGUGUGUGUGUGUGUAUUUGUGUGUGUGUGUGUAUUUGUGUGUGUGUGUAUUUGUGUGUGUGUGUAUUUGUGUGUGUGUGUAUGUGUAUUUGUGUGUAUUUGUAUGUGUGUGUGUGUACUGUAAGAGAAAUGUGUCCACCUGUCUGUGUUUCUUUAGGAUAGAUAUCUGCUGUGUUUCUUUAGGAUAGAUAUCUGCUGUGUUUCUUUAGGAUAGAUAUCUGCUGUGUUUCUUUAGGAUAGAUAUCUGCUGCUUUGAUAUAUGGCCGUGACGCAUAACACCUCGAAGGAUCCCAUGUGUGUGUUUUAUUAAGAUGAUGUUGUUAAGAUGAUGUUGUUAAGAUGAUGUUAUUAAGAUGAUGUUGUUAAGAUGAUGUUGUUAAGAUAAUGUUAUUAAGAUGAUGUUGUUAAGAUGAUGUUGUUAAGAUGAUGUUAUUAAGAUGAUGUUGUUAAGAUGAUGUUGUUAAGAUGAUGUUAUUAAGAUGA